AGCCCAGCAGCCCGGUGCUACAUAUCGUUUUUUUUAAGCAUUCGCAUUCGCCCCAAAAAUAAAAUAACCACUAUCAAAAUGGCAUUCAAGCUUGUGUUCUGCAUCGCCGCCAUGGCCAUCGCCUGCGCUCAGGCCAAACCCGGCGGCCCAGCGGCCUAUUCGAUUAGUGCACCCAGCGUGGAUCACGCAUCGGUGGGCAACACACAGGAGCACACAGUGAAGGGACACUACGGUCAGUCCUCGCAAUCGGACUACGCCAGCCAGGUGCAGACAGCGCACUCGCAGUCGCAUGUGCAGCGCUCCAGCAUCAGCAACGAUGGUGGCCUGGCGCCCGCACAUGGUUAUGCCGUUGCACCACAAGCCGCUGGCUAUGCCAUUGGACACACUGCGCCCGCUGCCCAAAUCCAGCUGGCCAGCAGCAGCAGCGCCUAUGCCGCGCCCACAUUUAGCUAUGGCGGACAUUAUGCGGCAGCUGCCGCACCCACCUUGGCCUAUGGUGGCCACUAUGCUGCCACUGCCCCAGCUCUGCAGUUGUCGGGCGCUGCCUCGCAUGGCUUUGGCCUUGGCUAUGCCGGCUAUGCUGCCGCACCAGCUUUGUCCCAUGGCUACUUGGCUGCCGCUCCAGCUCCAGCUCCGGUUGUGAAGUAUGCCGCCGCCGCCGCUCCAGCUUAUGCUCCCAGCCUGAUUGGACAUGGCAUUGGACUCGCUGCACCAGCUGCUUAUGCUGCCCCAGCCUAUGCCGCACCCGCCUACACCACGCAUCUGGCCGCUGCCCCAGUGCUUAAGGCUGCCGUUGCUGCCCCCGCAUUGGUGCACACAUCUGUCUCUGGCCAUGGCAUCCACUAUGGCUACUAAGAUGAUGACGAUGACGAUGACGAUGACGAUGAUGAUGAUGAUGAUGGCGACGUCGACGCAGUAUGCAGCAUCUCCAGUCCACCAUCCGCCAUCCGCCACCCGCCAGCCAACAGCUAUCAGCACCACCACGCAUCAUUAGCACCAUCACAACCAACCAACCAACAACAACAUCAACAGCAACACCACCACCAUCAGUUUCCCCCCGCACAUGGAGUUUAGCGACUGGCUAAAAAUAUAAACACGAGUAAUAUCCGUGGCGGUGUAUAACUGUAAAUUAUGUGACCUGCGGCACUUUAAUUAAAAAAUAACAACAUCCAGAAACGGACUUCAAAUUCAAAUUGGCGAAAAUUGCAACGUCGCAAUUGCAUUUUGCAACGUUGCCAAUUUUCAGUGCAUCACACAUAAUCUACUUUUAAGCACUGCUCAAUGGGGGGAAAGUCGCGUCUCUCGAGCACACACACACACACACUCACCUCUCUAAUGAAUGUCUAAUUAUUGUGUGUACUAUUAUUAUUUUUUUUUUAUCGCGGUUGAAUUUAUGUUUUAUUUAAAAGUUACUUUGUACAGAAAAAUGCAUGUGAAA